UUAUGCUUGAGGCAGCUCAAGAGAGUAUUAGCCGCCAGAGGUUUGCGAAGACGAAGAAACUUUACACCUGUACGACAAGUUGUUGAUGCAGUUGAGGAAGAACUUGAAGGAAGUGGAUGUAGCAUAGGAUACCGACUAAUGCAUCAGAGAUUACAAAAUGAUCGUGGACUUGUGGUCGAUCGUGAAACGGUUAGAAAAAUUGUCAAAGGUCUUGACCCUGAGGAUGGGUACGAUAAGUUGAAACCAUUCGGUUUUUGCGUUCACGGAGCCAUUGACGGUUAUAGCAGAAGAAUUAUGUGGUUGGAACGGAUCGAGGCUUGGUGGUCGACACUGAGAAAAACCAAUACAAACUGGUGGAUCAACUACUUUAAAGAUAUGAGAGAUACAGGGAUGUACAAUAGUGGUGAUCUUAUGCAAUACAACUGCUUACAAUUUUGCUUUAUGCCAAUUAUUCAAGGUGAAUUGCAUACAGUCGYCAAAAACUGGAAUUUGCAUAAAAUAAGGCCAUCGUUACAUAGUGAUUCACCACGUGGAAGACCUGACGUCUUGUACUUCCUUCCCGACAGUCCAGACUUAAAGUCAGAAGUUGAGGAGAAUGAUCUGCUCGCGGCAGAGCAGAUCUGCGGGAAGCAGAGACCCACCAUGGGGUGUGACACAUCAUUUGCAGAGUUAGGAAGCAUAAUCAUGCAAGAACACAAUUUGCAAAUGCCAAAUACCCCAAACGAAGCAAAAGAACUUUAUAUUGAGCUGCUUCUUCACAUCAAUGACAUCUUAAAGAGUAUAUCUAUGUAUGGAUUAUUCUUUUAUGGAUGA